GGGAGGGAACUGCUUGUGUUUGUGCUUUCAUGUAAAUAUUCCUUACAGUUGUCUGCCUCUUUGUGUGAACCAUUGGGCUUUUUGAUAAAUACUGAGAGACCCCAUUACAGGGUCUCAGCGGUACCAUCAUCGUGGUUCCAGAAAACAUGCUGAAACCACACUAAAUUCUAAGCUUCUCCAUUUUAUAUCAUCAAAUCUUUCAAACGGAAAAGCUGUGUGAAAGAGAACUGGACACGUUUACAAUUGUCUUUGUCCGGUUGAAUUGAAAAAAAAUCGAAAGGGAAAAAGCAAACAAAGAAAUAACCGAGAGAACCGGUACCAGGUAAAUAAGAAAGCGAGAGUUGUGGGUGACAACUAAAGGGUCACCCGCAGGCCAGUUGACAAGAAAUAAGUUGUGUCUUCGUGGAUAAUCAGAUAAACCCCAGCUGAAGACCAAAAGGGGUUUUAGGAACGAAUUCAUUGUGCUUCUUAGUCUUCAUCUCGGCCUUUGUCUUGAACUAUACAAGUUUUGGAUAUAUCAACAGGUAGGCAACAGAAAGGUUAGGGUAGGAAAUUGAGAAAAUGGCAAGCAUGAUAUCUACUCCAACUCUUGGCUACUUCUCUUUCAAGAGAAGCAGCGGGUCUAAUAACAGUGUUGGGGCAUCUUCAUGUUGUGGUGUGAAGGCAAUGCGGGUGGAGAAACCUUUAGAGGAAUUGUACAACGUGAGGGUGGAAAGGAAAGUGUCACCGGAGCGACUAACACAGCUUGGGGUCUCAAGAUGGUCAGUAUGGAAGACUGGCAAGUGCAAAUUACCCUGGGACUGGCAAGUUGACCAGCUGGUUUACAUUGAGGAAGGUGAAGUGAGGGUUGUGCCUGAAGGCAGUGAGCGCUUUAUGCGAUUUGUUGCUGGGGACCUUGUUCGUUACCCUAAGUGGUUCGAGGCAGAUCUUUUCUUCAAUGGUCCAUACCAAGAGCGUUAUAGUUUCCGAGCAUAUGGGGAUGACUAGUAAUAGCUUUUCAUGUUGCAUACUUUGGCUUUUUUUGUUUUGCAUUUGUUCACUAAAUCUAUAAGUAUUUAGAAGCUGAAAUAUCAGUAGUUGAAAUUGCUACAACCAUCUGCUUUCAUUUAAUCUCAUUGUGCUGAUUAAGAAAUUUAAUUA